CGUGAGGUAUAACGCACUUUUUGGUUGAAUGCAGUACCAUCCCCAUUUAUAGCGGUUGCUUCAAAGCUACCCCGCCAUGAUUGUAGGGGUCGUGUCCAGAAGCUACAAGCCCUGGAGCUUACCCCACGUCGCAAGGAAUCCCAACCCUAAACUUCGCAUUAACGCGAACUCUAACCUUCGCUUUAAGCUUUCCCGCCAAGCGCAGACCUCUCUCUUAAAUUUAUUUAUAGAAUUGUAAUACCCGGAAUACACGAACUCAACGACACGUCUUCCUCUCCACCGAGUUCCACCGAGUCCGACAUGGAGUCUUCCGAAACGAUACAAACCCGGCAUCGCAAAGAACAGCGGGAGCUACAAGCGCGAAUCACGAACAAGAAAAAGAACGCGACGAAGAAGACACGGAAGGGCGUCAACGACGAGUGCGCCGAACUCGAACGCCAGUUGAAGCAGAAACACGAACAGGAGCUUGCGGCUCUAGACGGGAACGCAGCGAUAGACGAUGACCCCGACCACCAAGACAGCGAAGCACAAAAUCAAGACGAACAAGCCACCACCACCACGAACCCCACCGACACAAUCUCCCAAAAGCUAAAAGAAGUCCGCUUCGACGAGCCCCCCGAACCUAAACCCGAGAAUACCAGCGCAGGGCAAGAACAAGGCGGCAAAAAGCGCAACCGGCAGAAAGAACGUCUAGCCCGCCGCGCCGCAGAACAGGAAGCCGCGGCCGCGGCGGCAGAGGCGGAAGCGGCGAAUAUGACGGACCACCGGAAAGUGGAGAAGACGUACCUGCUGAAGGAGUUCAAGACGCAUGGGCUUGUGGAGAGGGAGAUACGGCCGGAUGGGCAUUGUUUGUUUUCGGCUGUUGCGGAUCAGUUGGAAAGUCGGGGGAUACCGUUAGGUGCUGAGGGAGAGGGCAGGGGUGAGCUGCCGUAUAAGGUUGUGAGGCGGAAGGCAACGGAGUACAUGGAGGCUCACGCGGAUGAUUUCGCGCCGUUUUUGGAGGAGCCGUUGGCGGGGUAUGUGAGGAAGAUGAGGGAUACGGCGGAGUGGGGCGGACAGUUGGAGUUGACGGCGCUGGCGAAUGCGUAUGCAGUCGAGAUCAAGGUUUUGCAGGAUGGGAGGACGGAGACGAUUGAGCCUAGUACUGGGAAGAAGGCGGAUGGGGAUGGGGAGAGGAGGAUUUGGUUGGCGUAUUAUCGCCAUGGGUAUGGGCUUGGGGAACAUUAUAAUUCUUUACGGAAGGCUGGAUAGGGAUGGCGAAGAAAGAAUAUCGAAGGCAUAGCACAUGAGGACUUAAAGACCGGCUCGACUACUCGGUUAAGUGGCUUCGCGGGAAUAUGGCUCCUGUUAGCCAGUUCCGCUAGAGGACUAUGGGUAAUCGUCUUGGGAUAGGUUAUGCGUGCCACAUGGUGAACUCGUUGGCCGCUUCAUACAUCUACCCAAGUACUCCAUUCCUCCUGGUACACACGCAAAUUAACAAGAAGUAAAAUACAAAAGCUCUCCAGUCCACUACCCCAUGCGACCGCGAUAGAUACACAGAUUAAGGAGCUAGAGCACUCUUCCAAGAUGCUCCUCCGUGCUUAAGAAUUUAAAAAUUUCGGAACUCCUAGUUGACACUGGAAAGUCGGAAAGGAUAAAUGAUUGACCCUUGGGAUAGUAACAUCUAAAACUCCUUUACUUAAAAUUAUCCAUGGAUGGAUGGAUGGUAGAAUAGGUGGCAGCGAUUCGAUUGGGUGUGUUGUACACGUUAACCCUAAUGAUUAAAUCAUCGUGCUGAGCCGCCCAACCACCUAAGCAGUCAUUUACUUCUCAGCAGGCUACUCCGAAGAAUUAUUGAGUCGG